GGCCGGGCGCCUGGCCGCUGGGGGGCGCCGCCGGACAUGACGCUGGCCAUGACGGGCCGGCAGCGCGCCGAGUACCUGCGCUGGAAGCAGGAGCGGGAGCAGAUCGACCGCGAGCGCCUGGCGCGGCACCGCCAGCCCGGGGGGCGCUGGAGGCGCGAGUGGGACGCGCACAAGGGGGACCCCGCGUGCAAGGAGGGCUCCCCGGUGGCGGUGCCCGAGGUGGGCGGUGGGGAGGAGGAGCAGCAGCGCCGGGGGGCCCCCAAGCCCCCAACCUUUGGGGAGUUCCUCGCCCCCCAGCGCCGCCGGCGCAAGGCCCGGGGGCACGGCCAGGCCGCCGGCACCGAGCCCUACAGCAUGCACGACAACCGGUGGGAGGAGGAGCAGCAGCGGCCACCAGCGGCCACCCACAGCCAGAAGGUGGAGGAAGCCCCCAGCCAGCCCCUCCCAGAGCCUCCCCAUUCCCUGAGCUCCGAAGAGGAUGAGGAUCAGUGGGAGGAUGUCAGCGAGGAGGAGGAGGAGGAGGAGGAGGAGGAGGAGGAGGAGGCUGAAGGCAGCCCAGAGCCUUGCAGCGAGGAUGAAGCCCCCCGCAGUGCGUCCCCCCAAGCCCAGCGGCCCCCCCCGUGUGCCCCUCCCAGCCCCGGGGCUGGGGGCUGGCAGCCCCCCGAGCCCCUUCUCCCCCUUGGGUGGGCACCGGCCGGUCUGGGACUGGGCCGAGGAGAUGGAGCUGGGCUGCCCCCACAGGGGGGACACUGA